AUGCAAGGGUGUCAUAGUUUCUAUGUCGCGUCGCUGUGGCAUCGCAAGUACGAGAAUGUUCUGGUGAACCACUCGGUCGUAAAAUUGCUCCGUGAGCGCGCAUCCAUGCUUGAACAACAGGAGAGAUUCUUUGCUGCGCAACAAGGAAGGGAGAGUGAAGGAGAGGUGUUGCCCCAGCCUAGCAUUUCCUCAAUCACAAGCUCUGAGAACAUGCAGUCCUUGGAUUCCUCACUGCCGCCUAUUCAGCAGCCCAGUGGCAAGAGGAAGAAUACCAAGGCCAUGUUCUCCGAGGCAGAGCAUGCCGAAGAGAUUGUCUUCGCCGCUAAGAACAAGUUUGCUGUCAAGAGAGUCAAAGGCGGGGUUGAGUUCUGGAGACGGAUCGAGCCCAAGGGAGCUGAAGACCCUUCGAGCAACGCGCUCACUAGAGAGCAGGGGCGACAAGGAGCGAUCGGAGCGAAGGAGUCCGCAGACAGGACGGAUUCGUCCCUGUCAGAGCCAAUCUACCUUCAGACUAAUGUCAAUACCUACCUCCCGCAGAUCCGAAACACCCUGGCAAAGAUGUCCUUGGAGCGAGCCGCGCUGCAGCAGAGCUCGUACAUGCUCAAUCGGAGGUUUGCUCCGAGCAGGAGGGCCAAGAGAGCACCAGUGAUAUCUCUCUCGAAGGUUUGA